AUGCCUGGCUUAUAUUCAUUCUUAUCCAGCAAUAAUCAAUUUGCCGUUUACUCCAAGAUGACAGUUUAUCUUGCAAAGGCUAACUGGAAAUGGAAAGUUUCAUUUACGAAAGCUUUCCAAAGACAUUCUAAUGAACCCCAGACUCUAUUGCCUUCCGAAAAAUAUCAAUCAUCGACUUUGGAAAACGGUCAAAAAGAUCAAAUCCGUCAACCCAAAUUGAGGCUAUCGAAGAAGGAAAAGAAUUUGAGAAGGUUAGAAAGAAAAAGAAAACCUGCUCCCAAAACCUCCAACAUCGUCCAAAAGCUUGUUUCUGGGAUCAAAUGCAUAUUCCACAAGUUCUCUUUCAAGAGGCAAUCUUUGAUUGACUCAACUGAAAAAGAGAAAUCCACUGAAUUUCCUGAUCAACUAAAUACAAGUUCAUCAAAUACUUCUCCUGCUAGUAUAACUUCUGCUUGUGUUACUUCGAGUACAGUAACCGAAGCAGAUUUUACUGAAAAUCUAAAUAUUUUCCCUGUUGUUAAUUGCGUACACACUGUGAAUUCCGAUCAUUCUGAUAUAUCUGUAGAUUCUGAUAGAACCGAAUGCUCAUAUAAAACUGAAACUUCUGAUAGAUCAGAACAGGGAUCACGAAAAGCAACAAUCAGACGAAUCGACAUUGGGAUUGCCGUUAAUGAUAGUGAUGUUUUCGAAGGUAUUUGGGAAGCUAUUGUUGAAGCAGAAGCAAAUAAACAGCCUCUUUCGACUGUACCAGGCAUUAAGCAAGUAAUCAACUAUGGACAAUAUACUUUUGUUUCAUUUCUGAAUAAUGAAACUAUUACCUACGAAAGAUUGCCUGGAUCGGCUGCUGAAUCUGAACUUGCUCGCAGACAAAUUGAAUCUGACAGGUCUGACUAUAUGAGUUCAGAAACAAAUUCUGGAGUGAAGCUUCACUUUUGGACUCCUGUUGCCAUUCCCUCGGUAUCCACAACUGCUUCAAUCGAUUUCACUGAAAGUACCACAUUUGACGACAAUAAUUUCAAUUUGGAUGAGGUCAGCACCAGACCUACUUCCGUGUCAGACACAUAUAUGGAUCCAAAACCAGAUUGUAGUGAUGACCCCUUCAGAGACUUUACAUGUAACAUCAUCCUGUUGUUUAAACAAAAUGCUAAACUGAAUCAAAUCAGGGAAGUUCACUUCAAUAAAGAAAUCAAAAAGCAAUAUAUUCGGCAUUCAAAAAUUGAUAAAGCUACUGGAAUAGAAUUUCGAUUUACCAAGAUCGGAACCUAUGAAGUACGCUUUCCUUGUGGUGUCAGGAGGCGUCAUUCAAUUCUAAAAGAUUUGCGACCAGGCAAAUCAUGUUUCAGCAAAAUCAAGAGGGCCUAUCCAGAAGGAAAAUACGAGGUGAGUUUAGAGAAUCAAUUGGGUAGUGUAUUGGCACGCAUAAGAGCUAUGAGAGUCGAAGCUUUAGAAAAUGAAAGUGAAGAAGUUAAAGAGUUGAGAUAUCGGCAGUCGUUAAGAAGGGAGGAAGAAACACAUAAAAAGUUGAAGGAGAGAUACAGCGAAGUACAAAGGAAGUUCUGUAAUGUUGAUUCUCGGUCUGAUGAAUCCACCAAUAAAACUGAACUUGAACUCGAGAUUAAACUUAAACUUGACAAACCCGAACAGCAUGAACAGCGUGAUGAGGUACAACCUGUAAGAAUUGAGCAGCCUAGUAAUUCUGUUGAAGAUGAAAAAUUUCAAGAAUCUGAACCUUGUGAAGAAUCUCUGUCCAAUACGGACAGGAAGUAUCGGUUUACCGAUCUGAAUGAUUAUAUAGACCAUUUUGAGACUAACGAGGAAUCUGAGAACUCAAGCUACUCUAGACAAGAAAACAAACCUAUACAAUUUGCAUUUGACAAAGAAAAGGAUAUAGUUCCAUUGGAUCAGCUCUGCCAUUUUACUGGUAAUGCUUCUUCCCCAGAUUCGCCAAAUUCUAGUAGGUGGAAAGAUGCCGUCAAGCAGUUUAAACCUAGGGUCAAAGCUCAUUUAAAUGAUUUGGAACAUGACCUGAGAGAUUCAAUUCAUAUAAGAAAUGGAUCUCAAAGGAGGAAUCGUGUCCGCUUUGUACAACUUUAUACUGGAGAAUCGGAGAAAAGGGUACUCAAUGACUUGGUUGAACAACCAGUGAUUCGGGAUGAGUCUACUGGAGUAGAGAUUGGAUUCUCAUGGAGAGGUACAUUUGAAGAGCGUGCUCCAUAUGGUUACAAACGUCAUGAUCCAGUUCCAUUAAAUAUGAAACCUCUUAAGUCGUGUCUCAGUAAGUAUCCGAAGAAGAAAGGAAUUGACAUUGAUUAUUAUGAAGAAUAUCUCAAGAAAAAGCUAACUGAACUUGAUGAUGAAGAGGAGUGCCAGAAGAAGGAGAAGACUGAUAAUGAAGAAAGUCUGAAGAAGAAAAAUACUGAGGUAGAUGAAUAUAAGGAAUGGAUGGAGAUUAAAGAAGAUAGAGAUCGAAAGGUAAUUCAAGAAAGGUUGCACAGGUAUGAGGGUUACUAUCGUCGGGAGGCCGAAUCUAGAGUCCGUCUGAUAUUUGCCAUACAAGAUCAUGAACAGUUAAGAAAAAAGAUACACAGAAAAGCAAUGGAGGAGUAUGAGAAGAGAAAAGAAGAAGAGGUGAUCCGACAGGAUAUUCGCCGGGAAAUUGAUGAAUGGAGAAUAGAACAGGAGUUAAAGCGCAAACAAGUAGAAAAAUGGCAAGCUAUUGAGAAGAAAUGGUUAGAAAUUCAACGGAGACACCAUAUUGAAGAAGAGUUGAGUCCAAAAAACCCAGUAUUCUUGUGGAAUUUAAAGAAAGAGGCCCGUCUUAGAAUUAGAAAGAAACAGGUCGAAGAAAAUUCUCAGAAUGAAGAAGCUAGCCUUACAUGA